GUUCCACGUGAUAGCCCUGCGUCUUCUGACCAAGGCACUUGUAGUCUUGGUAUACCAUGAGUCGUAACCGCAAACAUUCAAGCAACCUUCGAUGUCAAGGUAGAACCAUCCUGACAUACGCGCUUGUGAUCAUUCUGACUUUCGUUCUGCUGCUGCUUGAAAAUGGUUUGCACUGGCCAGUUCCGGAUACUACAGCCAAGCAAGCACAAAGCUCCAGUCUGCGGUGCCGUAAGAAUUGCACGUCAUCCACGUCAUUCACGCUCUUGCCGGAGAGCGCUAUGCCCGAAGACUCUACCAGGAGCAGCAACUUGAGCGCCGGAAUGGAAGCCCAACUACUACAGGUCGUUGUAACGACACCUUCUAGUACCAGCAGUGCAGGAACCAUGACGGGUAGUACACCUACACAACCUACAGCAACCACGGUAUCGGGCACUUCCUCAACAUCGGGUUCCAGCUCUUCAGUGAGUGGCCAAACGGGGACUGUUUCCUCAUCGUCGGGUUCCAGCCUUUCGACGGACACCAUGGCAACAGGUGCAACGUCGUCCUCGGGUUCCAGCCCUUCAACAAGUGAUAAAACUGACACCGCUGUAACAGGUACAAUGUCGUCCUUGGGCUCCAGCUCUUCAACGAGUGAUAAAACGGACACCGCUGUAACAGGUACAAUGUCGUCCAUGGGCUCCAGCUCUUCAAUGAGUGAUAAAACGGACACCGCUGUAACAAGUACAAUGUCGUCCAUGGGCUCCAGCUCUUCAAUGAGUGAUAAAACGGAUACCACUGUAACAGGUACAAUGUCGUCCUCGGGUUCCAGCCCUUCAACGAGUUAUAAAACGGACACCACGGUGACAUGGUCUGCUUCGCCCUCGGGUUCCAGCUCUUCGGUGGGAACAACGGAUAACUCGUCUUUUGUCUACGUCAACUACUCUGUCAUCGAAACAGUCACCGCGCCGUCAUCGUCGACAGACGGGUACGAUAUCUUUUCUCUGAUCGUAAAUGACACCGGCACAUGGUCGUCGAGCACCGGAACGGCCGGUUACACAAAUGCCAGUCCCCCAGAUACUCACAGUGCCGAGUCCACUUCGGUCAGCAGCGCUACGAGCGCCACCGCUGCGUUCGGAAGCGUAACUCACACCGCCGGCACCCUGCCCACAAUGUAUAACGAAAGUUCAACUGUGACGCUGCUACCUGCUACUCUCCCACCUACUCGGCCAGCUCGAUUUCCCGGAGGCAAACCAUACCCUGCAGACUUCGAGGUUUGCAACACACCAUUCUGCAUCGCGGAAGGAGCAGCGCUUUAUCGAUCUCUAUCUUUUCCGCACGACCCCUGCGACAACUUCUACAUUUACGCCUGUAGCAAGCUUGUAGUAGCGGCGACGCCAGGCGCUCAGCGUGAAGAUGCCGACAGCUUGUUGGAACUGGAAAUAGAAGAAAAAGUACGGAAUGUCCUGAACGGAACAGCAACGCAAAUACCACUUCCGGUCCUGCUUCUCUGGAAAGGCUGUGUGGCACAAAACACGCCUCCAACGCCCGCGAAUCUGGAACAGAUCUUCAAGAAGCUGGGCUUUGACCCUUUCCUUAAGUUGAUCACGGCGGAUGUGGUGCUGAACACAGUGGCCGACGUGAUGACUAAAUUAAGCAUCGCGCCUCUGGUUUCCUUCGAGAUAAAUCGAGAUCCAGCCGAUAAUUCCAGGUGGAUUAUAGCUUUGGACGAGCCCGACAUUCUCGUAACGCCCGAACAGGUGAAUAUGCAGAAUCAACCGAAGACCAAGACACAUUUAGUCCAGAAGGGCUGCGUGUUUAUCAAGAUGUUGUAUGGACAGCCCGUUCAGACUAUUUGCGACCAUAUUGCCGAUACUGCUAUACAAAUAGCUCAGGCUCAUACAGGGGACCAACACCCAGCUGUCAGAGCUAAGGGAUAUCAAGUCGUACCCUACUCUCACGUGGGACUCUUGCAUCCACUCAUAUCCAAGAUGGUCGAUCCCUAUCUAUUCCCACUUACUGGAAAUGCACGAGUCCUAUUAAAGUCUCCGAAGUAUUUGAAGACGACGCUGCCUGAUAUGCUGACGACAUCACCGAUCUCGCUGUACAUUUACGUGGGCCUUCACAUGAUGGUUGCCAUGGCAGCGUUUGUGGGGGCGGAUGACCUUCUGGAUCUUUCCUUGAUGGUCUCGACCGGUAAAACUUGGAAUAGUUUUCCUAAAUGGAGGGUCUGCCUUCACCUUGUCAACAAGCUGUUACCCAUAUUGACUGCUAUGACGUAUGAGGUGCCAUUCAGAAACGCCACCCACUUCGACAAACUUAUGGGCGACAUCAUGGCGGAGGAUGUGAGAAGUGUAUUCCUGGAGCAUCUACCCUCUGCAUGGUUUCUUGAUGCGUGGUCAAGGAACGCUAUCCAAAUGAAGCUCAAGCAUACGCAGAUCUAUGCGUUCUUUCCCCUGCACAUAUCGUCUGCUGCCAACAUUGCCUUAUACAUGAACCAGAUUGUCUCAUCUGUACCUAAAAAUCCGGAUGCUCUAUUGUAUUUCUUAUCAAUGAGUCAGUACGUCGUAUCGACAGGAAGAGACCCGAACAGCUUUCGAAAUUUUCAGAGAAGGUGGAAAGGCUCAGUAUUUGAUACAAUAUGCAGAUAUGUCCUAUCAGAAAAUGUCAUUAUGAUUCCUGUCGGAAUGUUCAACACGACUAUCCCAACAUCGGCAAAAGAGAAAAUAUUUCACAUUCCAAGAAUUGCACCAAGAAUUGCACAAUGUUUGUUUAAAGCCGUCUUCGAAAGCGCUGCCUUUUACAAUCCCAAUGAAGUUUUGUGGACGGACUAUUCCCGAGAAGGUUUCAAAUUAAAGCUAAGAUGCUUUGGUAGACAAUACAAAUACGAAGCAUAUGAAAUCUCCGAGAUAUACUCAAGUAUCGAAGAUAACGCGGCCGUUAAGGUUGCCUUUCAGGUAAGCGUCUUUAUGGACAAUGUAUUUACCGUUAAAUACUUCAAUAAGGACUACCAGUUGACUGGUCUCCUUGGAGUAACAUCCAGGCAGCUUUUCUUCAUAUAUUACGCGCAGAGCUAUUGCAAAACACCUCCCGCAGAUGCGAUGGCAAGGAAGCGCAUGGAGGAUAGAGUGAACAUUCCUUUGAAGAACAGCAGAGACUUCUCAGAGUCCUUCGACUGCCCUUUGGGUUCGGGAAUGAAUCCGCUAGAAAAAUGUCACGCGUGGGACAUCUAGACUGGCUGGGUCUCUCAUACUCUGAUGCUGGAAUCAAAAAUGUAUUAAAUAUAAUUGACGUAACUAUAAGCCCCGUGAAUAAGAGCGAAAGAUGGCCCGUGAAAUAAACUAGUGAUUGUGUGUUUACGUAAAUACAAAACGUGGCGUUAUUU